UCACCUUCUGACUCACCACCAACAAUCAGGAUGAGUUACGUCGCUAAGGGUGAAAAGGAAUACGAUGCGACCGGUGCCCCCGUGCCUGCCGCGAAAAUCCACAAAAUCCGUAUCACGCUCACGAGCAGCAAUGUCAAGAACCUUGAGAAGUUCUCGGCGGACCUCAUCAACCGUGCUAAGGAUAAGCAGCUGCGUGUGAAGGGUCCCGUCCGUCUCCCCACUAAGGUCCUCAAGGUCACCACCCGCAAGUCUCCUUGCGGUGAGGGUUCUAAGACCUGGGACCGUUACGAGCUCAAGAUCCACAAGCGCUUGAUCGAUCUCCAUUCGUCCUCUGAAAUCGUCAAGCAGAUUACUUCCAUCAGUCUCGAGCCUGGUGUCGAGGUCGAGGUUACCAUCUCUGCUUAGAUUGCAUCUUGUGUCCCUACAUCCUCUUGUAUGAUCUAGGGUGUAUACGAUUCCAUGCCGUCAUGACUAUCUCGAUCGUGUGCGAACAUGGGAUGUCAAAUAGCCCGAGCAUGUGUAAUUUUGAAGACGGUAAUGCAUACAGAGCAUGUCUGCG